GCCGAGCCCGCGCGCGCCGAGGAGGGAGGCGCGGGUGCCCGCGCGGGCCUGCGAGGCCAUGAGCGCGGUGGGCUGCGGUCGCCGCCAGGCGCGAGUGUCCCGCCUCGUCUCCUUCAGCGCGACCCACCGGCUCCACAGCAAAUCUCUGAGUAAUGAAGAAAACUUGAAACUCUUUGGGAAAUGCAACAAUCCAAAUGGCCAUGGGCACAAUUAUAAAGUCGUGGUGACAGUACAAGGAGAGAUUGAUCCUGUUACAGGCAUGGUUAUGAAUUUGACUGACCUCAAAGAGUAUAUGGAGGAGGCAAUUAUGAAGCCCCUUGAUCAUAAGAAUCUGGAUCUGGAUGUGCCAUACUUUGCAGAUAUUGUAAGCACAACAGAAAAUGUAGCUGUAUAUAUCUGGGAAAACCUCCAGAAAUUUCUUCCUGUGGGUGUUCUUUAUAAAGUGAAAGUAUAUGAAACUGACAAUAACAUUGUAGUUUAUAAAGGAGAAUAGGUCUUAGGGGUAGAUACUAUAGAAAGAUUUAAUUGAUUUCCAUAUUUGAAAAAGAUCUUUUUCCCCUCGGACUGUUAAGAAAUCAUCACAUAGUUGUUGGACCUCCACAUUGUGUUCUCGAGUGCCUAAUUUAUUGAAAUUGUCAGUAAGACCUGUUUUAAAUUGAAAUUUAUCUAAAACCAAAUUUGUAAUGUAUCCUGAGUAUUACUUAGGAGUCUUUCAUCUGUAGAUUAAAAAUCACUUCAUUUCAGCAAAAUGUUUUGGUGUAGAAUUAUUUGAAAGCAAAAGAAAUCUAUUUUUGUUUUUUCAUUAUCUCAUUUUUAGUAUUCAUUUUUCUCUUGAUAUAAUAUAAAUGGCAAAAGUGUUUAUAAGACUUACAGUAGGUGAAUCUUAAACAAAUAAAAUACAGGUGAUCACAGAGUCUGGAAAUGUAGACAACGUGUAUUCCUUGACUGUUUGUUCUAGGGUAUGCUUCAGGCCCAAGUUUAUUCAGUGAAAAUUAGACACACAAAUAAUCUGAGGCAGUGCAUUGUAAAUGGAUGUACAAGGACUGAUGGAAAUGCUGCUUUACUGCAUAUCGUUCAUUGAAAUUUUGCACAGCUUAUUAAACUAUGAAUUGCUAGUGAGGAACAGCAUGUUGAACAUAUCAUGGAAUAUCGGUAAACUACUUAUUAUUAAUAUUUGUGCAUGUUUCCAGACCUACGGCCACCUGAACAGUUUUAACUCGGAAGACUGAAGGAUAAUCACAUAUAUUAAACCCUAUUAAAAUAAUCAACAUGAAAAGGAUAUAUUACUCUGUAAAGCAUCUCUUGUAUACAGUUUUUCCUAAUUGAUCCCAUUUUGUUCUGAUCAUUAAACUUACUUGAUUAAGUUGAACUGUAUUCUUGGCAUUCA